AAUACAAAAUAUAAGUUAAAAAAGAGCAUAAAUUUAUUUAACACAAAUAAGUAAGGAGAUUUCUAUCCAAUUAACUCUACAAAAAAAACAGCAUUCUGAAAUACAUUCAGACCUUAUUAAACUAUAACUACCAAAAUAACAUAAACACAAAUAAUAACCCAUAAUACUCAAAUAAAAAAUUAAAAAGUGUCAAAAAAAUUUUCUAAUAAAAAAAAUGAGUAAAAUAAUUACUUAAAUACUUUAAUUGGCUCUAUGACUUCGCUUUACUUUACUGCAUAAUAUAAUUUCCGCAAUUAUCCAUUCCAACUCGAAACUGAAUUAGUGAAAUGGAACUUUUGCUCUUGUCAAUCGGCUGGACAGUAUAGUAAUGUGGCAACCAUUUAACAAGACAAACUAGGCGCUCUUAAUGGGCCACGCCCACAGCAACGCCCACUUUUGGGGAGGCAGAGGGCGGGCGUUCAAUCAACUUCGAUGAGCAACAGUUUGCUGCAAUUUAAGUUACACUUUGCCACCUGUCCACGAGCCCCAAGUUUGGUUGCCCUAGCCUCCAACCCCAAAAAGGAUACUUUGAGCAGGGCAAGCCAAGCCGAAGGAUACUCGGCUCGUCCUGCGUCGUCCUGCCGACGACUUCUUGGCGCCCGCCUGCGCAGCGAACGUAUAAAAGGACGACUCCGGCCGCAGGAUUCAUCAGUUGGCCCAAAGGAGCGGCGCGCGUCUCUCAAAUCGGACGCAUGGAAGUCCUCAAAAUUUAAAAUUUGUGCAGUGCCUUGGACAUUUUUCAAAGUGCUAAAUUCAAAGUAAAUGUGGCAAUUUUUUUAGUUGAAUAACUGGCGGUUGUGCUGAGAAAUACGUUUUUUAUACAGUUUAAUUUUAACAAUUAUUGGCCAGUCGAUACAGCGAGUCCAGCAUGUUAAGAGUCGAGGGGAAAAUGCAAUUUCCACGACCACAGCGCUAAACGGGCCGGAAAAGCGGAAAAGCGAAGGGAUUGCAGAUUGCAGGUGGCGCGCCGUGAAAAGCCGCAAAUAGAGCGCAGUUUUCGCUUUUUCUGGCCCCCGGACUGAGUUCAGAGUUCGGCUGGCUAAGCUAGUGCCCCGAUCGGCGUACACUGCCACGCCUCCAGGCACCACGCCCCCGCCCCUCAAACGCCCCCCUCACGGCAACAUGGAUCGCAGCGGGAGUUCCGAUUUCGGAGGAACAGCUGCCACGACGGGCCGCUCGAAUCCCGCUCCCUGGAGUAACGACAAGGAGUCGCCGAACAACGAGGACGAUUCCAACGAGGACGACGGCGACCAUGCCACACCCGCCAAGGUCACCGAUCCACUGGCCCCCAAAUUGGCCAACAACGAGCGCAUUUUGGUUGUGUCCGUGACGGAGAGAACUCGAGAAACGUGGGGCCAAAAAGCCGAGUUCCUGCUGGCCGUGAUUGGCUUCGCCGUUGACUUGGGAAAUGUUUGGCGGUUUCCGUACAUCUGCUACCAAAAUGGAGGUGGUGCCUUCCUUGUGCCCUACUGCCUCUUUCUCAUUUUCGGCGGUCUGCCCCUAUUUUAUAUGGAACUGGCUUUGGGGCAGUUCCAUCGGUGCGGCUGCCUCAGCAUUUGGAAACGCAUUUGUCCAGCCCUAAAAGGUGUUGGCUAUGCGAUCUGCCUGAUUGACAUUUAUAUGGGCAUGUACUAUAACACUAUUAUUGGAUGGGCGGUUUACUAUCUCUUCGCCUCGUUCACAUCCAAGUUGCCGUGGACAUCCUGCGAUAAUCCAUGGAAUACGGAGAAUUGUAUGCAGGUGACCAGUGAAAACUUCACGGAAUUUGCCACCUCACCAGCCAAAGAGUUCUUUGAGCGAAGAGUGUUGGAGAGUUACAAGGGCAAUGGCCUGGAAUUCAUGGGUCCAGUGAAGCCAACUCUGGCACUUUGUGUUUUCGGGGUCUUUGUCCUGGUUUACUUCUCACUUUGGAAAGGAGUGCGAAGUGCCGGAAAAGUUGUGUGGGUCACAGCAUUGGCUCCAUAUGUGGUUUUGAUAAUCCUUUUGGUGCGAGGAGUUUCUCUGCCUGGCGCAUAUGAGGGUAUUAUGUAUUACUUAACGCCCGAGUGGCACAAGCUGAAGAACUCGAAAGUUUGGAUUGACGCCGCAUCGCAGAUAUUCUUCUCUUUGGGUCCUGGAUUUGGCACAUUGCUGGCCCUGUCCAGCUAUAACAAAUUUAAUAACAACUGCUAUCGCGAUGCCCUCAUCACGAGCAGCAUCAACUGCCUGACCAGUUUUUUGGCCGGCUUUGUCAUCUUCUCCGUUUUGGGGUACAUGGCCUUCGUGCAAAAGACCUCCAUCGACAAAGUGGGCUUGGAGGGUCCCGGACUGGUGUUCAUUGUCUAUCCGGAGGCCAUUGCCACGAUGAGCGGUUCGGUGUUCUGGAGCAUCAUCUUCUUCCUGAUGCUGAUCACCCUGGGAUUGGACAGUACCUUUGGCGGACUAGAGGCGAUGAUAACGGCCUUGUGCGAUGAAUAUCCUCGAGUGAUUGGCCGGCGAAGGGAGCUGUUCGUCCUGUUGCUCCUGGCCUUCAUCUUCCUGUGCGCCCUCCCUACGAUGACCUACGGCGGUGUGGUGCUGGUCAACUUCCUGAAUGUCUAUGGACCUGGAUUGGCCAUUCUUUUUGUGGUCUUCGUGGAGGCAGCCGGAGUAUUUUGGUUUUACGGCGUAGAUCGCUUCAGCUCGGAUGUAGAGCAGAUGUUAGGCAGCAAGCCAGGAUUAUUCUGGCGGAUCUGCUGGACCUACAUUAGUCCCGUGUUUCUGCUGACCAUCUUCAUAUUCUCCAUUAUGGGGUACAAGGAGAUGCUUGGCGAGGAGUACUAUUACCCAGACUGGAGCUACAAGGUGGGAUGGGCGGUGACCUGCUCAUCAGUGCUGUGCAUUCCCUUGUACAUUGUCUACAAGUUCUGCUUUGCCUCGAAGGGCGGAUGCCGCCAGAGGCUGCAGGAGUCCUUCCAGGCAGAGGAAUCCUGCGGAUCGGUGGUGCCUGGCCAGCAAGGCACUUCGGUGUGACAUGACCACGCCCAGGUCCAUCUCAACAUCCGCACCAGCUGCACCAGCAUCAAGAUCUACAACCUGAACUGCAGCAGCCACAGCAACAGCUUGUCACCAACAACCUCAGGGGCCGACGGAAGGAGCUGCCAGGCGGCCUUCCACUCAAACAAUCUCAACUGCAACCACACCUGCCCGCCGGAGGAUCAGAUUCGCAAUCGGAACCAGCAACAGUAUCAACAUCAGCAUCGGAUCAGCAACGAUAUCAUUAGUUCUAGUCUUAGGCAGUCGCAUAGCCAUAGUUUAAGCCUCUGCUCCGUGCAGAGCAAUCCCAUGAUGACCACAAGGAUCCCACUUGCUGCCGAGGACAAUAACUGCUCGCUGAGACUCAACAGCUGCCAGCCGCUCAAGUUCCCGCUGGCCAGCGAGUGGCUGGUCUGAGGGGCUUCCUUUAUCUAUCUCUAUUCCACCGGGAGUCCUGCAAAGCAGCCAUUUUGCAGGACUCCCCGUGCACAAUAUACAAUUUAGCCGAAAAGGGAGGAACGAGGAACUCAACGUUUAAUCUAGUUUGAUUGCAUCGCAAGCACAUAGUGAACCUAAGAAUUCUAGUUGUCCAGCCAUCGAUGGUGUUAACAAUAAAAUCCCUAGCCUUA